UGAAAGUCAUCAAAGCUUGUUUCGAAUCAAUUAAGAUCACAAAUUUUCAACAAAAAUGUUACCAAAUUAUUCUACCGAUGAUAAUGUUCAUCUAUCUUCAUCUUCGAUUGAUGAUAAUCUUGAAUCAUUUUCAAUAACUGAUUUCUACAAAGAUAAAACAAUUUUUAUUACCGGUGUAACUGGAUUUAUUGGUAAAGUUUUGCUUGAAAAAAUUUUAAGAAAAUGUUCUUCGGUUCGAAAAAUUUACCUGCUAAUUCGACCAAAUUCAUCCGAAUCAUGUCAUGAACGUUUGAAUAAAAUGUUAACAACAUCGAUUUUGUUCAAAAAUCAUCAAGACAAAAUUGAUCUGAUCCAAGCCAUUGAUGGUGAUAUCACAGUCAAAGAUCUUGGAAUUUCUGAAAAUGAUCGUCAACGAUUGAUCGAAGAAGUAGAUGUUGUUUUUCAUUCAGCUGCUUCCAUUCAAUUCACUGGAGUUUUGGAAAAAUUCAUAAAGCAAAAUAUUCAGGGUACUGAUUCAUUGAUGCGUUUAUGUCAGAAUAUGAAACACGUACAAUCAAUUGUUUACGUAUCUACAGCCUAUGGAAAUUGUCAUUUGAAUGAAAUUAAAGAAAAAAUCUAUCCUGUUGUUAAUGAUCAAGAUGUUGAAGUUUAUCUUAAGCAAUUAAUCGAAAAAUAUUCCGAUCAUGAUUUAUGUGAAGGACAUUCGGCACUACAAAAACGUCCAAAUCCUUAUACACUUUCUAAAGCGAUUGCAGAAUGGCUUAUAAAAGAAAAAUAUCAAUCAACUUUACCGAUCAUAGUAUGUCGUCCUUCUAUCGUACUUGGUUCGCAUAAAGAACCAUUUCCUGGAUGGUGUGAUGCAAUUAGCGGUGUAUCAGGCUCAUUUCUAUUGCUUGGUCUGGGAAUUGGACAAAAAUUUAUUGUCGAUAAAACAAAAAAUCCGGAUCUGAUUCCAGUCGAUUUAGUGGUUAAUUCAUUGAUUGUUUGUGGAGCAUAUCGAGCGUCAUCACAUUAUUCACCCGAAAGAAAUGUUGUACACAUUAAUACUAGUACUUUGAAUCCAAUUUCUUGGGGAAAAUUUUUCCAGCUAUGUUUCAAUUUUGAACGUCAUAUACCUUCGAUCAAACAGGUUCGUCCAGUAUCAAUCGAUUUUUCUAACAAUUAUUCAACAGUAUUUGAAAAAAUUUGCUAUAAGUUUAAUCAAAUCUUUGAUCAUUUAUUGUUUGCCGUAAUAUUUGAUCUGAUAUGUAUGAUACUGGGACAAAAACCAUUCAUGUUGAAAAUUAUUCAAGUUUUUCAUAAAACAAUGUUUGAGCUCAAAUUCUUUUCACUACGACAAUGGAAUUUUGAACAUGAAAAUAUGCCAUUCAUCUAUAAAUUGGUGAAUGAAAAAGAACGACCAUCAUUCAAUUGUGAUGUAACUAAAAUUGAAUGGGAAGAUUUCUGUUUCGGAAUGUGUAAAGGAUUACGUAGAUAUCUGCUCAAAGAUCCAGAUACAACUUAUGAACAGGCUAGACGACGACAAAAUCGAAUCUAUCUUGGUUUCCGUUUGUUUGCUGUAUUUAAAUAUUUCGUAUUUUAUUUUUUGUGUAAAAAAUAUUUACUUCAAACAAUUUUGGGAAUUACAUUAUAUAGUCUACCAUUAUCAAUUAUCGAUCUCGUUAUCUAUUCGUAUUUGAUUCGUUCUGUAUUUGUUGCAUUUAUAUCGUUUAACAAAUCAAAAUCAUUCGAAUAUUAAUUUAGUUAUUAAAUUAAUUG